CAUCCACCACCAGCUACCGAGAAGAACUUCUGGUGUGAAACGGGAUGAAUAAGUUACCGCCGAGUUCGCGUUAUGUAUGUCGGGAUUGCAUACAACGAUUAUCGCGCCAACAUUCUACACUCCUCACACGUCCGCAAUUGCGCCCGCAGUCCACCGAUACUGCAUCUCAAGAUGAUGCGCCGAACGCGAGGUUACGGAUACACAAGCAUUGGAAUGGGGAUGCCAGGGCGAAAUUCAGGGUGACAUCGCCCACAAGGAGUACACUGCAUAUGAGCAAGACAAGGAGUAAUUUCCAUCUGGAGUUGAACGAAGAGCAAAAACCGAACGUGACAAACGAGGAACCGCGACAGAUGUCGAUGCGAGAGAGACGCAUGCGGAGAAGAGCAGGAAUACAUGGAUCCUCGACAGCUGCAUCCGUGGAAACUGCACCAUUGCCAGCACGGAUCAGGCGAGAAAUCCGUCAGGAGAUGGGAAAUGUGGAAGCAGGAGGAGAUGCAAUGGGGGACGCAUUAUCGCAACUUGAGGCACAAGUGCCACAACAAGCGGGGCGGAAAUCCAGAGAUCGAUUGGAGACUGGGCAAGCAGGGAAGCAUGCGUCGUCGCAGCUUGAAUCACAACUUGCUACACAACCAGCGUCUCGAAAGAAGCGAAAGGGAAAGGACCUUGAGCCAGAGCUGAUACCAUCUCCACCCUCAGCACCCCUAGGCACAAAACCGAAGUCCCAACCAACCACCGAGACUCCAGUCACUGCUGAAUCACUUGCCCGAAACAAACUCCAAGGUUUCAACUGGUACUGGGACACCUUCCCUCCGACAAUCGCCCAGAAAACCACCGCAAACACCUUCUUCAACACCCACGGCCGCGCUGCAAAACUCCUCCGCAGCGUCGCCCAGUUUCGCCUGUUCCCCGAAUCCGAUGUGCCAGAAGUAGCUUUCGUAGGCCGCUCCAACGUCGGCAAGUCUUCGCUCCUCAACGCCGUCAUGGGCGCCGAUAUAAAAGCCCUCUUAGCCCGCACCUCCUCCACCCCCGGUUUCACAAAGACGAUGAAUCUGUAUGGCGUCGGCGCAGGCAACGGCGUCACGAUUAAGAAGACGACGCCGAAUGGGAGAGAGAAGAUUGUGGGGAUUGGAGGUAUGACGAUUGUUGACAUGCCGGGGUACGGAGAAGGGAGUUUGGCUAGCUGGGGAGCGGAGAUUAUGAAGUACAUUACGAAUCGGAAACAAUUGCGACGGGUCUUUGUUCUGAUCGAUGCUGAGCAUGGUAUCAAGGAUAAAGACCGCUCGCUGCUUGCUUCGUUACGAUUAGCAGGGGUCAGCCAUCAAGUCAUCUUAUCUAAAUUGGACAGAAUCUACAUUCCUGAUGCCAAGGAGAUUAGGCGGCAUGAUGGGAAGGCGCUGAGGCGUCUGAGUCCGAAGGGUACAACCGAGGAACUUAGGAAGGCGAUGGAGAAACUCAAAGCAGAUAUUCAGCCGCCGGUGGGUGGGGGUGCGCUAGGGGAGGUAUUAGGGGUUAGUGCGGAGACAAUGGUGGAAGGAAAGAGGUUGGGAGUUGACCACGUAAGAUUUGCGGUAUUGAAGGCAGUGGGGUUGGAUUCGAAGUAUCAGAAGGAAAGUGCGAUGAAAAAGGAGAGCGGUAUUGAUCAGAACAGUCUGAGUUGGAAGUAGAAAGAUGACCAAAGGCCAUAAUUUAUACACCUCCCCAACCAUGAGCUCUUCAUAAGCGCCUUAUAACUUCGCCCGCAGCUCGCGCUCUG